UGCCCUCUGUCCCCCUCUUACACCCUCACUGGCUUCCCCAUGCAAAGCAGCCCCAAGCUCAGGAUGAAAAGCCAGGGCUGGCUGAGCAGCCCCCAUCACCUCUCACAGGAGCCUUCAUACAGCAUGGAGUCCUUGGUGCUGCUCCUCUGCCUGGUGGUGGCUCCCUGCUGUGUCCUGUCCCAGGUGCAGCUGAAGGAGUCAGGACCUGGCGUGGUGAAGCCCUCAGAGACUCUGACCCUCACCUGCACAGUCUCUGGAUUUUCUUUAACCAGUUAUGAUGUGCACUGGGUCCGUCAGGCUCCAGGGAAUGGACUGGAGUGGAUCGGUGUGAUAUGGGCUAGUGGAAACACAAAGUAUAGCCCAGCCUUUCAAUCUCGAGUAAGCAUCGGCAGGGACACUUCCAAGAGCCAAGUCUCACUAUCAUUGAGCAGCCUGAGAUCUGAGGACACAGCAGUAUAUUACUGUGCAAGACACACAGUGAGGGGAAAUCAGUGUGAGCCCAGACGGAAACCUCCCUUCAGGGGCUCCCAGGACGGCAGGGGGCAGGCAGGACACACUGAGCUCUUGUUGGGCCCUGCACCAGGUGCAGGAUACUGGGUCUGCUUUGCUGUUAGAGUCUGUGGAUGUCUCUUCCUGUCCCCAACAUUGCUAAAGAACUUCUUCAGUGAGGUGGGACAAACAGGACAGAAUGGUUCACAUAGCUCACAGAUUGUCCGAGCAGACCCGAGCUGUCGAGUAAACAUCCCUUUCAGGAAACACUUCAGGCCAGACCACCUAGAUCCACCUCCUGUGUACAGCGUGUCUUCCCCCGGGGACUAUACCCUGGAGGAAGCCUAA